AUGGUGGAAUUUAUUUCAAAAUUAACAAAAUUCAGCACCAAAUUAUUACAGUUCCAUUACCAAAUCAACGGAAUCUGUCCAUUAGCAUUUGAUGAGAAUUUUCGUCCACAAGAAAGUCGCCGAUUAAGAAGAUAUUCAAUUUUUCUCGUCAUUUAUCUCACAUCAUUCAUAUUAAGUCUGUAUUAUGAGAAAGAACAUUUUAUAAAUAAUGAGAAAAGCAAUGUCGGUGAGACAGUUGACUUUAUUCAAUUAGUCAGCAUGCGGAUGUCAUCAAUCAUUAUAGUUCUGGAAGCUUUCAUCCAAAGAGAACAUUUAAUGAAUUAUUUCAACAAUUUACAUGAUGUUGACAAUAUUAUGAGUGAUAUUAAUGUGAAAAUGAAUUUUAAAAUGGAACAAUUUAAAGAUCUGGUCAAAAUUAUCAUUGCCAUAACCUUUUGUAUUGGAUCAGAAUCAAUGGUUGUGUUAAUGUACAAAUUAAGGUUUAAACUUGAAACAUUUCUGUACUGGAUCUCUUAUACUCCAUUCUACAUACACUGUUGUAUGCGUUACUUCCAACUUAUGCAAUUCAUUAUGAUUAUCAAGCGUAGAAUCGACAUUGUGAAUGAAAAAUUGAGUGAAAUUGAUAUUUAUCGGCCGAGCAACUACGACACAUUAGAUGAUUUAAGGAGAAUUUGCUACAAACUUUUUAUCAUGUCACAUUCAAUUAAUCGAGCAUUUGGAUUGUCAACACUUGUCAAUAUCACAAAUGAUUUCAUAACUGUAACUUUAAACAGCUACUUUAUGUUUGUUGCAUUUCAAAAGUUUACAUACAAAAGUAAAAUUAAAGCUGUCGAAAGUAUUUUCUGGAGUUUACCGCACUGCAUCAAUAUAAUCGUUCUAUCAACAUGCUGUCAACUUACAGUCCUUAGCACUAGAAAAAUUGGCAUGCUGCUACACAGAAUAAAAUUUAAUUAUUCAAAUGGAAAUCAAAGCAUGUUUAUGAGUCAUUUUAGUAUACAGCUUCUGCAUCAGAAAAUUAAAUUUAAUGCUUUUGGAUUCUUUACGAUUGAUUUUUCACUUUUGUAUGCGAUUGCUGCCACUGUGACUACUUAUUUGGUGAUUUUGAUUCAAUUUUAUUUGAACGAGAAAAGUAAAGGAACGGAGACUAACUUCAAUGCUUAA